AUGCAUAAAACAGGUGCAACCAGAUAUCAAAAGUUCCUCAAAUCUGAGAAGGCUAAAACUAAAUUAAAAGGGAAAAAAGACCUACCGAAAGGAACUAAUGUAACCAAAACAAAUUUUAAAGUGAAGAAAAUUGUCCUCAAGGAACAACUUAAAAAACAUGAUAAUACCGAAGUUUUAUCUUCGAGAAAGCUCAAUAUUAAAGAGUUGUUAUCACGUCUUAGUCAUUUUAAUAAAAAUGCUAGGAUGGAAGCCUUAACUGGCUUAAAAGAACUCAUUACCUUACAUCGCGAAUCGUUAGAAGAAAACCUUGGGAACCUUAUUCAUGGGAUCACACCACUAAUUUUAAACGUGGAAAAAGAAGUACGGCGAGAGUCAGUUAAAGUAGUACAUAUGGUGUUAUCUAAUGUAGAUAUUGAAAAAAUAGAUCCUUUCUUUGAUGUAUUAUCAACUUAUUUGAGAAGUGCUAUGACUCACAUAGAUAGCAGAAUUCAAGAAGAUUCACUAUUAUUUCUUGAUAUAUUGCUUUUAUGUACUCCAAGACUGAUAGCAAAUGAUUUUUAUAAGAUUAUACCAAAUUUCCUGGAUAUGAUAUCCAAGUUAAAAGUUGAUGCCAAGCAAGGAAGGACUCUGACUGUUAAUUUGAACAGUCAAAUCACAAGUGUGAAAUGGAGAGUUAAUGUAUUUCAUCGUUUACAGCAGUUCUUAUAUAAGUUUGCUGAACUAAAUGAAGUGUAUAAAGAGGAACAGUUAUUUGACAAAACCACACAGACUUUUGAUGUUAUGAAUAAAAAUAACUUUUCCUUGUUCAACCCAAUUUACACAUCAAUUUGUACAGUGUCAUGCUUUUUAUCAAAGAACUCACAAAAUACUUUGAUAUCUGAUGAAGUAGAAAAGUUCGCAUCUUAUGUAGAAACAUUAAUGCCUUUACUUUUUGAAAUUUGGCUUGAAGCAUGCCCUAAUAUCAAAGCAUACAAAAGCAUUGAAACUGUUAUUACAGAAGAUUCAGCAAUAUUACUUAAACACACUCUCGAAGUCAUUUCUUUACUUUGGAAGCUUGUUAAACACUUCAACAAAAAGUACCCUAGUUCGAUGAUACAAAACAUUUUUACUCAAAAAUACAGAUCACUAUUUAGUCAACAUUUUGUUGCUUCAUUUCCUUACGUAACUAAUAUAAGAUCAAGAUUGCCAAAAAAUACGGAUUUACCAUUUGAAGAUGUAAUAACAGAUCCCAAAUUAGUCACUGAAAAUUUAGAAAUAUGCUAUUUGUAUAUUACAAUUAAUCCUAAUGUAAAUAUGAAAAAUCAUCAGGCUGAAGUUAUUUCUGUUCUUAGCUACAUCGAAAAAAAGUUCUCCAAUCUUUCUCAUGAGGUAAAUACAGAGAUUGCAUUGAGAAUUUUGCAUACCAUAUUCUCGAAAGAAGUUACGAGUUGGACAAAAACAUUUCACGUAGUGGAAGCAUUAUUCAAGAAAAUAGUUUCAACUUAUUAUGAUGUAAAUAUAACGAGAUCUUACAAACAGCAAAUAUUUGCAUUGCUAUGUAAAAUUGCUAUAAAUGAAAGUUUACUUACCUUUCAUGCCAGUGAUACCUAUGAAGCUUGGCUCAAAAAUUUACCUGAUAUAUUGCUGGAAGAAAACAUAAACACCUACACAAUUGAUAUUCUUCUCAAGUUUGCUGUGACUAACAAUAUACUUUUUAACAAUGUAAUAAAACCUAAAUUGACUGUAAUUAUUCAGAAUUUACCUAAAAUAGUAGUAAUCGAUUCUGCAAACGGUAGCAAUAGUUAUUAUAAAUUGUUUUCUUUAUUGUACUGGGUAAAUGCUUGGGAUGAACAGUCCUUUAAUAUAUUAGAGCAUCAGAUUAUGAAUAAUGAAUAUAAAAGUGAUUAUGGCAAAUAUAUAUUAGACGUAUUGAAAUGUAAAAGUGGGGAAAUGUAA